UAGCUCCCUGAGCCAGGAGAAGCAGGGCGCAGGCCCGGGCUGGGCGGCGGCUGCCGUAGGCCGAACCGAGGGGCGGGGGCGGUGCUCCAGCGGUCAGCGCUGCUCCCCUAGGCCGUCAUGUCUCGCCAGGCGAAGGAUGACUUUCUACGACAUUACACAGUCUGCGACCCCAGGACCCACCCCAAGGGCUACACCGAGUACAAAGUCACCGCGCAGUUCAUCUCAAAGAAAGACCCUGAGGAUAUCAAAGAGGUGGUGGUCUGGAAGCGGUACAGUGACUUCCGCAAGCUACAUGGGGACCUGGCCUACACCCACCGCAACCUCUUCCGACGCCUUGAGGAGUUCCCAGCCUUCCCCCGUGGCCAGGUGUUUGGCCGAUUCGAGGCCUCGGUGAUCGAGGAGCGGCGAAAGGCAGCUGAGGACUUGCUUCGCUUCACCGUGCACAUCCCUGCGCUCAACAACAGCCCCCAACUCAAGGAAUUCUUCCGGGGUGGGGAGGUGAUACGGCCUCCUGAGGUAUCCAAGGACCUGCACAUUCUGCCACCCCCUUUGAUUCCCACUCCACCUCCCGAUGAUCCCCGGCUCCCGCAGCCACUCCCUGCAGAAAGGAGGGGCUUAGAGGAGUUGGAGGUACCAGUGGAUCCCACACCAUCCAGCCCUGCACAGGAGGCUCUGGAUCUCCUCUUUAGCUGUGGCAGCGUGGAGGAGGCAUCAGGCUCCCCUGCCAGGGGUCCCCUCUCCGAGGCCGAGCUUGCCCUUUUUGACCCCUUCUCCAAGGAAGGUGCCACCAUCCCAUCCCAGGGCUGUUCAGUGAGCCAGGUGCCCCUGUAUGAAGGUUUGGGCCCCAGUCCCACCCAUGUAGGUGAGCUGGCAGCCACAGAGGUAGAAUCCAAAAGGCUGGACCAGGAACCCUGGGAGCCAGGAGGACAGGAAGAGGAAGAGGAUGAGGAAAGAGGGCCCACCCCUGCCUAUCUGAGUCAGGCCACGGAGCUCAUCACCCAGGCGCUUCGGGACGAGAAGGCAGGUGCCUACCCUGCUGCCCUCCAGGCUUACCGAGAUGGUGUGCACAUCCUGCUUCGGGGAGUGUCCAGUGAUCCAUCCCCUGCCCGCCGGGAAGGGGUGAAGAAGAAGGCGGCUGAGUACCUGAAGCGAGCAGAGGAGAUCUUGCACCUGCAUGUGUCCCAGCUGCCACCCUGAGAGAGAGUAGCCCUCCCAGGGACUGCAGCUCUAGCACUGCCAGCCUCCCUCCCCCUGUCCCCAGGGUCUGACCCCACCUCAUGGUCUUGUAACCCCAGGGACCAUUUCUGUGUGUAACUGGACCAAGAAUGAGGAAAGUAAUGACCUCUCAUCUCCCUGCCUGCCUGGCUUCUUGGAAUCAGGGAUCCACACUUCUGAUCCUGUCCCUAUCUUGAUGUGUCAGCAGCAUCUCCAGCCACUAACCUAUCAGUUACCAGCCCAGAACUGCAGUCUCCAAGCUGCAUCUUACAGUCAGAUAUGGCCCACUGCCUUUUUUUGUAAGACCCAUGAGCUAGAAUGGUUUUUACAUUUUUUAAUGGUUGGGAAAGAAAAUUCUGUGACAGGUGAAAGUAUCUAUGAAUAAAAAUUUGUCAGAAUGCAACCAGG